GAUCAUUCCACGACUCGCAGCAUCAUGGAGCUUUCAUGCUACGAGGUUGUACUGACUCUUUUCUAGCUGGUAUUCGAGUACAACAACGGUAUCGAACAUCCAGCAGUCAUAUAACAUGGCUCAGGCUGCAAAGAAGAGACUUGUAAUUGCUGGCGGGAAUGGAUUUCUCGGGUCUCGCAUUUGCAAGUCCGCCGUCGCUCGCGGUUGGGACGUGAUAUCCAUAAGCCGGUCCGGAGAGCCAAGAUGGUCCUCGGUGACCUCAGAACCCUCGCCCCCGUCGUGGUCGAAAUCCGUCACAUGGGCCAAAGGUGAUAUCGUAAAGCCUGCGACUUACACCUCGCACCUGAAAGGGGCUGAUGCCGUCGUCCAUACCAUGGGCAUCCUACUCGAAGCAGACUAUAAGGGCGUCAUAUCUGGGAAAGAGAGCGUCGUCUCCGGCCUGUCAAGGGCCUUCAGUUCCUCCAAGGCCGGUAGUACAAAGAACCCUCUCGAACGCAAACCCGGAGGUGAACUCGGCAAGGGCGAAAAAGACGGCCAGAUUACGUACGAGUUGAUGAAUAGAGAUUCCGCAAUUGCUCUGGCGCAAGAAGCGGAAAGAGAAGGUGCCAGCACGUUUGUGUACAUCUCUGCCGCAGCGGGCGCACCUAUGCUUCCAACAAGAUACAUCACCACGAAACGAGAAGCCGAGACCACGAUAGCGAGCAAUAUGACCAAAUUGAGGAGCAUUUUCAUACGGCCAGGCUUUUUGUACGACAGUAGUCGGAAGUUUACGCUCCCGAUAGCUGCCUCCGGAAUGGUGGGAAGCACUUUCAAUAGUCUAGUUGGCGGUAGCCUCACUCGGAUAUUUGGUGCUGCUGUCGAAAAGCCACUCAAGGCAGAUCUGGUGGCCGACGCUGUUGUUGAAUCCAUAGCGGAUGGCUCAACUAGAGGCGUCAUCGACACUCCAUUGAUCGAAGCACUGGCUGCAAAAGCCUGGCGCCGGACCAUGUUGUAAUUCUUGCAUUCAAAAAUGAACGACUGGAUAGGUACCUGUGAAAAUAGCUGUACAAUAAAGACUUGAGAAGAUAAGGUAUGACAUGAUGAUGAUUAUUGAAUGACUUGAUUAUA